GGGCUAGCCUCUGUUCGGUCGUCGUUAUGUGACUGUACACUUUGCUUUAGCGUUGGUUAGAAUAAGCUACAUGUUUAGACGUUGCUCUAAAUUGGCAAUCUUUACCUAGAUAUAUCUGUAUUAGAUUACACAUAUACGUGGGAUAUAUACCUGCACCGUAGCAACUGCGCACUAUUUCCCACACUACAGGACUCUGGGAGAGUUGCAGAGAACCCAGUUUCAAUCAGGAGCAACUGUAGCUGCUGUGAGGUAUCCAUGGGGACCAGGAGGGUGCUGGUGACAGGCUGUUCCUCUGGGAUCGGGAUGGCUGUGGCUGUACGACUGGCCAAGGAGAAGGGAUUCAAAGUGGUUGCCACCAUGAGGGACCUAGAGAAGCGGGAACCCCUGGAGAGAGUGGCUGGGGACACCCUGAACAGAUCCCUGGAGAUCAGACAGCUGGAUGCCUGCUGUGAAGACUCCAUCAGAGAGUGUGUGGACAGCCUGCAAGACCGACGGGUGGAUGUACUCGUGAGUAACGCAGGUGUAGGCAUGAUUGGGCCGUUGGAGUGCCAUAGUGUGUCUGACAUGCAGGGGCUCUUCGACACCAACUUCUUUGGCUUGGUGCGGCUGGUGAAGGAGGUCCUGCCAGAUAUGAAGCGACGUCGAAGCGGACAUAUUGUGGUGAUGAGCAGCAUCAUGGGCAUUCAGGGGCUACUCUUCAAUGAUGUCUACUCUGCUUCAAAGUUUGCUGUGGAGGGGUUCUGUGAGAGUCUAGCAGUACAAGCCAUGAAGUUCAGUGUGAAGAUGACUCUAGUGGAGCCUGGUCCGGUGGGGACAGAGUUUGAAAGGAAGGUGUACGAGGACGCUGAGAAGAUGGACCUUGCGGGGGCAGACGAGGAGACUGCUAGGAUCUUCCGUGAGAUCUACCUGCCCUACUCUAGGAUGGUGUUCAACUCUCUCGCACAGACACCCGAGGAAAUAGCAGAGCAAACACUUCAACUGAUCACAGCGAAGGAGCCUCCGUUUCGCCACCAGACCAACCGGGUGUACAUGCCCAUGACUGCCCUGAAGCACGCAGACCCUACGGGUCGUCUACCCCUGGACACCUUUUAUAAGCUGCUAUUCAAGCACGACAGUCUAUUCACUGCCAGUCUGGGGCUGCUGCGCAUGUUGCAGAAGAGGACGGGGAAGAGCUCCAAUUGAGCAGAAGGUUGGAGAGACAGAGUGAAUAACCUGCUGAGGAGAGAUAGGAGGAUAGAGAGAGCAGAAGGUUGGAGAGACAGAGUGAAUAACCUGGUGAGGAGAGAUAGGAGGAUAGAGAGAGCAGAAGGUUGGAG